AUGUCGUCCUUUGAUUACGAGGCUUAUCUCCAACACUGCGUUGACGGUCAGGGAGAGGGAUCUGUUCAUCAGGCCCGUGUUCGGGCGACCAAUACAGACGGAGGAACUCUGACUGACUUUGUUCAUCUGAAAGAGUGGCCGGCAGACUUACCGACCCCUUCACUGAUCGCUGGUCAGCACAGAAGAGCUGCCCUAGUAUCGCUUGUUGAUGAACAGAGCAAGCUGGCUAGCUCUGGAGCAAAGCGCGCAGAUGGACAGCCCUUGGAACCUCCAGCGCCUGAGGCAUAUUUUUGGGCUAUCGACAUCUAUGAUGCGAACAAAACCAAAGGCAACGUCCUUACGAGUCUACAGGGAAAUAGAGAUGACCCGUACAAAGGGACUCAGACGGACAGGAUUGUUUCAAUUUUAAGAACCUCGUUUUGGUCCGGGCUGUGGGCGACGUAUGUCCAGACCGCAUAUGGGCAGAAGUUCUUCAACUUCACCACAGCGGGAGACAUCUGCAAUACAAAACUCGAGUUUUUUUGGCAACAAGAAAUUGACCGCGUCAUUAACUGGGGAAACCUUAUGUUCAGCGAUGCACGCACAACGUCAGUCGAUUGGGAGACAUUGAUGCAGGUUACUGGCAAAGGAAGUAAGCCGGAUCUUCUCAGGCGUCUCUUUUUCCCCUCGAAGCAGGAUCACGAAGACGGCGUUUUGAAAGGUGUCCUGCAGCUCAAUGAAAAGUGGUUUACUGAGUGGGCUCUUCCCGCCCUUGACAAGGGAUACCCUAUAGGCGAUGGGAUAGUUCACUGGAGACGACCCGGAUUCUUAGUUCAUCUACCGACAGAGAAAUAUGUCGACGUUUACAUGAAUGCUAAAGCCAACGCCGGGAUGAUCUGCCCGUCUUGGAGAGAUUUUGUCCAGAUGAAUCGGCGGGUUGCGCAGCCUAUGAAGAAGGUUCUGCAACAUAUAAUCUACUGGACAGAUCAAUCUUUUUCCUAUCCGAAAUCAUCUUCUUCUCUACUGAAGACGUGGGACUGGAAAACUGAGUUGGAAAGAUAUGUAUUCAGAGAUGACCUUCCUAAUGGCAAGCGGCCAUGGCGUUUAGCCUCUGAGGUUACUGGUCCUGAGGACAGCAGAAUUGUGGUCACCUCCCUCGAAGACCACAUCCAAAAGUUCAUGAUCAAAGUGUGGCAGUACAUCACAACGGAGCCCCUUUGGCGAGAUACCGUUGUUCAGAGACAGUGGGGAGCAGUCCGCGUCUUUAAUACACCUACAAUCCGCGCAAAAUAUUCGAAAGAGUCGGAGAUCUUCUCUGCAAUGUUCGCAUACAGAGAAUUAAAGCAAAGAAUGCUCAACACUCUUGCGCACGGUUAUGGCGGUGGCGAAGCGAAGAAGGCUGAGCGCGCAGAGUACAUUUUGGAUAAGCAUGAGUGGCAAGUUGCGAUGGCAGAGCUAACUGAAUAUGCCAUGACUCUUAACAGUCAUGGGUUCGAUGUUAACAUCGACCGGAUUGAUGAGCCAUUGGAUCACCUGCAGAUAAUGCCUGCAGGUGAUCCAACGGGGGAAGGAGCUGCUGUCCCAGUCAUGGGGUUUUUGGACAGUGACCCAGAAACAUACAUCAAUAAGCCCGAGACUGGCAAUCGCCAGAGGAUACUCAAGCGGGCGAUGGCCCAAAACCUGGAAAUGGAGCUGGAAGACCUGGUGGCUUAG